AUGGAUGAAACCUCAGUCUUGUGCGACAUAAUAUCUGAAAGUACAAUUGAUGCAACUGGCAAAAGGUCAAUAACUCUGGCUUUCACCAGCCAGAAAAAGGCAAGGGUGUCUGUGUGUUUAGCCGCCAAGACCAGCGGAACCAAGCUAAAACUGAUGGUUGUAUUCAGAGAUGCCAAACAGGAGGCCAAGAAUUCAAACAGUGAGCAGUUGUCACAACUUGCAAAUGCAUGGAUGGACACUGGACUAACCAAAUGGGAAAUUCUGAGUGACCCAGACACAGAUCCUUUUGAAUGUACCAGUUCUGAUGUUGAUGAAGCAUAUCUGACAUUACAGCUUUUGGACUUGGAUCAUGAAGAGGACAGCUGCACUACGGUAGAAGCACUAGAAGGAGCCACCUUACACCCAGCCCAGGUGUUGAGGAUUGAGCACAAAAAAGGCACCUUGAAUUACGAGUCUGAUGCAGAUUUGGUCUUUCUAGAUGAUGACCUCAAUGUGCAUGCUACAUGUAUUGCUGGAGAACCUGUGUGGUUGAAGAAAGGAGGUCUAGUGACUGGCUGCACUACGGUAGAAGCACUAGAAGGAGCCACCUUACACCCAGCCCAGGUGUUGAGGAUUGAGCACAAAAAAGGCACCUUGAAUUACGAGUCUGAUGCAGAUUUGGUCUUUCUAGAUGAUGACCUCAAUGUGCAUGCUACAUGUAUUGCUGGAGAACCUGUGUGGUUGAAGAAAGGAGGUCUAGUGACUGGUGUGAUGCAGCUGAACUAUAGCAUGAUACCAAACAAAUCAACAAAACAUAUGAGAUAA